CCAGGUAACGAACGCGACUCGCUCCCUGCUUCCGGAAUCUUUCGCGCCACCGGGAUGGACUUUCGAAGAACGCUCCUCGUGGCGGUUCUGUGCGCCGCGGCCUUCGCCGAGGAAACCUCGAGGAAGAGGCCGCCCGGGCAGGAGGACGAACCUCCGGAGGGCUACUACGCCUUCGUCGAGUCGCCCAACGCGGAGCCGCCGAGGGUCAGGCCGCCUCCGUACGUCGACUCCGACAAGGAGUGUCACGAUACCGGCAAACAGGGGAAAGGCUUCGUCUCCGUGUACAACGUUUGCGGAGACUUGAACAAGGGGUACGUCCCCCGAAACCCGAUGAAACGGAACGUCGAUGGAUCCUCGUAUCCGUUCGAGCUGAUACGCAACCACACGUUGAAGUUCUUGAGCAAGGCGUUGCCCAUCCUGAAGUCCGACGACUCGUUGCCGAAGGUUGCCAAGAUCCAGCCGUUCUCCCAGAACUCAGUGGACAGCGCCGAGAAGAGGAGCAGAAGCCGGAGGACGGCGGCGACCGAGUCCGGCACCGAGUCCGGCACCGAGUCCGACUCCGACUCCGACUCGAGCCGAAGCGGACGCAGAUUCUGCGAGAACGGCGGCGGAGUGGUCUGCAUGUUGUACAAGGCCAUCCAGGGCGAACCCCUGGCCACCUCGGCGGCGGAGCGCCGUGACGAGUCCGCGACGUUGGAGUAUCGCCAGAGGACGCCGCCCCAGGAGAAGCCGGAGUACACCGGGCCGCCGACGCCGUGUCCGGCCAAGGUCGAGUACGCGACGCCGGUGUUCGCGAAGAACUACCAAGGCGUUUGGCGAUACGUCGUGCAGAUCCCCUACGAGGGGUACUUCACGCAGACCAUCGAAGUCACGAGAUGCACGCAAUCGAGGUGCCACUACCUGGACGGGGGUUGCCUCUCCUCGCCAAGGUGGACGAGUCUGCUCGUGGCCGAAAUAUUCUACCCCGACACGUUUCUGGAGGAGAGCCAAGAUCCCCGGAACCCGAGGCCGCGAGAUCCCGUCACCGUCUCGCCGCCUCCCGUUCACGAUUUCCAGAACUACCAGCAGUAUCUGCAGAAACGCGCCGGCGAGAGCGAGGGCCGCAGCAGCGGAGGGUCCCAGCAACAUUGCGACGGGGUCGACGAAAUGGGCUGCUUCCAGGUUCGCCUCUACUACGACUGGUUCCUCGUCCCUGGCAGCUGCAAGUGUUGGCGACCCGAUUACUUCAGCCGUUACGUUCGCCGCACCAGUUCCGGCGCAGCAACGUUCCAGCGAGGCCAGCGAGCUGUACCGAACCCACCCAAAAUGCAGUUUUCCUUCAAAUUGAUACGGUUCUUACUAAUAUCGGCAAUAUUUUAUAUCGGUCGCUGCUCGGAAGAUGAGGAAAGAUUGGUGCGAGAUCUUUUCAGAGGAUACAAUAAACUGAUUAGACCCGUCCAGAACAUGACGGAAAAGGUCGAUGUCAGGUUUGGCCUUGCAUUCGUGCAACUUAUUAACGUGAACGAGAAGAAUCAGAUUAUGAAGUCGAAUGUCUGGUUGAGAUUCGUUUGGACGGAUUACCAAUUACAGUGGGACGAAUCGGACUACGGUGGUAUCGGAGUUCUUCGAUUACCACCCGACAAAGUCUGGAAACCUGACAUAGUGUUGUUCAAUAAUGCCGACGGUAACUACGAAGUAAGAUACAAGAGUAACGUUUUGAUAUAUCCAAACGGUGAAGUCUUAUGGGUACCACCGGCAAUUUAUCAGAGUUCGUGUACCAUCGACGUCACGUAUUUUCCCUUUGACCAACAAACGUGUAUCAUGAAAUUUGGAUCGUGGACAUUUAACGGAGAUCAAGUUUCCUUGGCCUUGUAUAACGACAAAAAUUUCGUCGAUCUAUCGGAUUACUGGAAGAGCGGCACAUGGGAUAUUAUCAGCGUACCCGCGUACUUGAACAUUUAUCAAGGCGAUUUUCCCACCGAAACAGAUAUUACGUUCUACAUCAUAAUUCGCAGGAAAACGUUGUUCUAUACGGUGAAUCUGAUCUUGCCGACGGUAUUGAUAUCCUUCCUGUGCGUAUUGGUCUUCUACUUGCCUGCCGAAGCCGGAGAAAAGGUUACCCUGGGCAUAAGCAUUCUUCUGUCGUUGGUCGUGUUUCUGCUGCUAGUCAGUAAAAUAUUACCUCCUACUUCUUUGGUAUUACCUUUGAUCGCUAAAUAUCUGUUGUUCACAUUCAUUAUGAACACGGUCAGCAUCUUGGUGACGGUAGUGAUCAUAAAUUGGAACUUCCGAGGACCCAGAACGCACAGAAUGCCACAAACCAUCAGAAAACUCUUCCUGAAAUAUCUGCCAACGAUACUGUGUAUGCAAAGACCAAAAAAGACCAGAUUGAGAUGGAUGAUGGAAAUACCUAACGUCGCUUUACCUUCGUCGACGUAUUCUGGAAGUCCCACGGAGUUACCCAAGCACGUAACGACGUCACUGGCCAAAACUAAAAUGGAAGUAAUGGAGCUUUCGGAUCUGCACCAUCCUAACUGCAAGAUAAAUCGUAAAAUGCAUCACACCACCAGCAGUUCCAGUGCCACGGCUGGCACCGAUGCUUUAGGAGAUCGCAGAGGAUCGGAGAGCUCCGAUUCGGUGCUUCUUAGCCCCGAAGCCAGCAAGGCCACCGAAGCCGUAGAAUUUAUAGCCGAACAUCUCAGAAACGAAGAUCUCUAUAUACAGACUCGAGAAGACUGGAAGUACGUCGCAAUGGUGAUAGAUCGUCUACAGUUAUACAUCUUCUUCUUCGUAACGACCACUGGAACCAUCGGCAUUCUAAUGGACGCGCCUCACAUUUUUGAAUACGUUGAUCAGGAUCGCAUCAUCGAGAUCUAUCGAGGAAAGUAA